AAAGCGUGUUACACAGAAAAGGCCCUUUUUCAAGCGCCAGCCUAGCCUAUAACAUUACCCACAAAAAGAAAACGCGUUUAGGUUGGGUCCAAGCUGGCCCUAGCUAUUUUUCGCUGAUUCUAAUUGAUGCCCCUUUUUCUUUCGUAGGAUUUUUCUCUAUCCGGAUUUAUUAGGUUCAUUUCGUGUCCAUUAUCCUUUGGAAUUCAAGCUUGUUGAGUGUUGAGCUAUUUUUCGCGCUAUCCCUAGACGCCGUUAUUGAUUAAGUAAAACCAAUAGAUUUAAACAGACUUAAAUCAAAUAUAGAAUUGCCGACAUUUUAACGAUUUAGGAUUUCACGGUUUGAUACAUCAACAAGAUUGCGUAAAUUCUCAAUUUCUUCGUGUUGCACAUUUUACGUCUUAGUCUUUUUUUCUCCUCCUGAUUUACCAGAAGCAAACAAAUAUAUUCUUUGUCGUUUUUAUUCGGUGGAUCUUAGGAAUUAAAGAUGCGUGGAAUUUAUGCCACUGCUGAUAACUGUCAAAUAACGCUUUCGUUGCCAUGGAGAUCGAACCAUAACAAGCCCAGAAGCUAAAACUGACGCGCUGGGAAAGGGAAUUCCGUUCCGUACCCUAGUUCUGUAUAGUUAUUGGUGAAAAAAUGGCUGAAAUUGAAUCGCACGUAGAAGAAAAGAAAGUUGAAGAAGAUCAAGAAAUGGAAGAAUGGAGUGAUGCUGAAGAUCCACCACAAAAGAAAACAGAAACUGACUUCAUGUUCCAGGACUUAAGGGCCGAUUCAGACACUCUAACCGAGACAUUCAAUGAAGAAAUCUUUCACGCCAAAGACGAACCGGAAAUGGAUACCUCACAACAUGAAGAAGAAAUGGACGAAAGUAUUGCAAACUUGUACGAUCCGAUCGAGUUCAACGGUGUUAACGUCCCUUUUCAAAUCAGGGAGCUUUUCCACUUCAUAACAAAAUAUCGCCCACAAAUCUUAGAAAUGGAAACCAAGUUAAAGCCUUUCCUACCAGACUUCAUUCCAGCCGUUGGAGAUCCUGACGCAUUUCUGAAAAUUGAUCGACCAGAUGAAAAUACCGAGUUUCUUGGAUUAACUCUAAUUGACGAACCUUCGCUCAAUCAAAGCGACCCAUCGGUUUUGGACCUUCGUCUCCGAUCUAUUUAUAAGCAGAGCUCGGCAAAGAAAACGGUUGCAAGAACUAUAGAAGAAGGAAAUAAAGUUAAAGCAAUUGAGAAAUGGAUUAAGGAUAUAAAUGAAUUACAUCGCUCCAAGCCCUUGCCGACAGUGAAUUAUAACAAACCCUUACCUGAUAUAGAUGCGUUGCUACAAGAAUGGAAUCCAGAUGUGGAAGAUAUUCUCAGUGAAGACAAAAUACUUCCGUCGAAUUUAAACUGUGAUUUAAAUUUCUACACUGAUGUUGCUUGUGUUUUUAUUCAGGUUUGUUAGAUAUACCUGUGUAUCCUGGACAUCGACUGCAUUCUGUGCAUCUGUUGCUUACCCUUUAUUCUGAAAUGGGACGCUUACAGAAGUAAAUCUUUGAUGUCUGACUUGGCCUUGCCCAUUUUAUUAUUCAAGCCGAUUCAAGCUUCAAAUACGUUAACAAUGCGCAAAUGACGACAGUUGUACUUCAUAGAUACCACUUGCAAUAUUUAAAUAAAAUGAAUGAAGCCCUGCA